UCACCGGAUACGUGAAAUUCCAGCUUGUGGAUACAAGCAAGCCAGCGGUGCUGAGACUCCUGUACAGCAGUAGCAGCCAUGCGCUGGGUUAAUGUGCUGCAGAAAUGCCUGCUGCUUUAUUUACUACCAUUUCUAGCAAACGUCGUGGACUCUAAAGCCAGAAUCGGUCCAAAGGUGACGGAUAAGGUGUUUUUUGACAUCACAGUUGGAGGACAUGAGGUUGGCAGGAUUGUGAUUGGGCUGUUCGGAGAGGUCGUCCCCCUUACUGUGAACAACUUUGUUGCUCUUGCCACUGGAGAGAAAGGUUAUGGUUACAAAGGCAGCAAGUUCCACCGUGUCAUCAAAGACUUCAUGAUUCAAGGAGGUGACUUUACAGCAGGAGAUGGAACUGGAGGUAAAAGCAUCUAUGGGAAGACGUUUGCAGAUGAAAACUUCAAGCUAAAGCACCAGGGAACCGGCUGGGUCAGCAUGGCUAAUGCAGGGCCCGACACCAACGGCUCGCAGUUCUUCAUCACUUCUGCCAGGGCUCCGUGGCUGGAUGGCAAGCAUGUUGUCUUCGGCAAAGUCUUGGAAGGCAUGACUGUGGUUCAUACCAUUGAGCUCCAGGACACGAAUGACCGGAACAUGCCCUACACAGAGUGUGUGAUCGUGAACAGUGGAAAGAUUGAGGUCAAAGAGCCUUUUGUAGUAGAAGUGGAAGGUUGGUAGUGAAAGGUUGGCACACCAGACUGGGACUAGAGCCCAAACGAUAUAUAAUAGAUGGCUAAUAAAAAGAAAGAUGUAUUGGUUCCAUGUUUAUCAUUAUCACAGUAGUUGAUAAAACUGUAUUAUUACUAUUAGAAAGUUUAAUAAACAUUAAAGAAAAUAUUAAAAUUACCCCUACUGUUAAAAAUGAUAUAGUCAAAAGACUAUAAGUACAAUUGCUGUUGAUGUUUUUUUUUUCUGUAUUGCCAUGGAGGGUUGCGUACUGUAGUGAGACAGAAAAAUGAAACUGUGUUGCACUACAGACUAUAACAAAACAUUGCAAAUAGUUCACAUUUACUAAUAGUUCCAGGCUGGAUUGCUCCUUUAAGUCUUCUCCUAUGCACUCAUGAUAUAAGAAAGAACAUAUAAUAAUAUAUUAUUGCAAAGAGUGAGAAACCUCUAAAGCAGUGAUUACCAGGCCUGCUUCUUGGCAUCUGUCUUCCAUGCUGAUUUAAAAAAAAAAAAAAAAAAAGCAAAUAUAAGUAAAUAAUGAUUACUAAGAAUGAGCUGAGCCUAAUGUAUUAAACUUGGGCUGAAAGAAAACUCUGUAGGGAAGUGUACAAAAUAAUAAAAAUAAGAAAUAACCACUUAGCUUCAUACAAACUUUAAAGACAACAGUUUACAUACUUAAUAUCAAAUCAGAUACCACUCAGAUAUAAUACCACUAAUCUAAAGGUGCCACUGUGUUAUUACCAUUAUGUCAUGUCGCCACUUUACUGUUAGUUUACAGAUUAUUUGUUCAAUAGGGAAUCCUGUAAUAGCUAGGUACCUAGUUUGUCAGUCAGUGUUAGAUGUGCUAGAGGAUAGCUGGACACAUAUCAUUGAAUUAGUUGUAGUAUUAGAUGGACAUUUGUUGUUGGAAUGAACUACCUAAUAUUCUGGUAGCCCUUCAUCAUUUUCGUGUUUGUGUUUGAACAUUUUUUUGUGUAUGCUUUAUACCUCACUUAGCUUGGAACAACACAUAUAUAGAGAUGUUUAUAUUUCAGCUAAAUUAAUAUAUGAUUUAAACAUUUUAACAUAAGACAGCUAAUGGGAGCAAGGUAAGGUCUUGACUUUGAGGUACUGAUUAAAUAAGCUGUUAGCAUUCCUGACUGUACGACAACGUUUACACCUGGUCACUUCAAGAAACUGGCAUCUGAUUUUUAUCUUACUUGAAAUACUACUAUAAAAUAUAUAUAUAUAUAUAUUAUAAAAUUACCCAACCCACUCACUGGGAUUCCCCCUAUUACUGGUGCUGCUGUUGUGCAUUUCUUUAUAUGUACAUUUUUAUGUGGUCUCCCCUUAUCUGGAUAUAACCCUGAUACUCAACACCUUAAGUUACCAGGUGUAAAAGAGGUAUAUUUCCAUUUGUUUAACUCACUACUGUUUAUGUAGAACUUGAUAUUAUCUGUAAAACAUAUCACGAUCAUUUUACGUAUCGUAAAGGUCACAAUAAUAUGCAUAUUUCAUCACGAGUGCCAAAUAUUUAUGCAUUUUGCUGCCAAAUUUGCUUAGCAGAUUUAAAGUGGAUCUUUUUAUUGUGAUGUUUUAUAUUACAGGCAAAUUUCUUGAUAUUAAUAUUCCAGAGAGUGCCAAUACUUAAAAUCCGUGUGUGUUGUUAUUUAGCCUCAUUACAUUAGUAGUUUAGCGUGCUGAAAUUAAAAUUUGCUAAUUUUAAACAAAACUGUAAUACAUACAGAGAAGGUUGUUUAUAUCUUAUCAAAUCCUACCAGUUUAACUGGUAAAAAAAAUUAAUUAAUUUUUAAAUAUAAAAAAUAUGUUUUUUUUUGUUUGUUUUUAAACUUCAUGCCCAUUUGUGUAGUACACUAAAUGUAUUUAUUUAAAAAUAUAUAAAUGCAUUUUUCAUAUGUUCCAGACAAAUUCAAUCAUACUUUAAAAUGACUGUGAUUAACUUGCUUCUGAAUCCAACCAUAUCUGAAAUAAAAUAAUUUACCCUUGUGUAAA